AUGCCUGGAUCACUGCUUCCAAGUCCAAAACCGAACGGGGCAGACACGGUUGCUCUGACUCAAAAACUGCGGAAAGUCCUCUGCGACAAAAGGUAUAUUAUAGUUGUUGAUGAUUUAUGGGCAAAAUAUGUUUGGGAAUCCAUUAGAUGUGUCUUGCCAGUGGAUAGAAAGAGUAGAAUAAUUAUCACUACAAGGAGAGGCGAUAUAGCUAAUUCUUGCAGAUAUGAUGAUUCUAUUCAUAUCCACAAGCUUCAGCCACUGUCACCGCAAAGGGCUGAGGAACUCUUCUAUAAGAAAGCUUUCUCAAGUAAUGGCAGAUGUCCUUCAGGCUUGGAGGAAAUGUCCAAAUCAAUCUUACAGAAAUGUGAUGGAUUACCACUUGGGAUUGUUGAAAUCGGUAGAUUCUUGUCUACUAAGCCUCAAACUCCAAAUGUGUGGCACAAAUUGCAUGAUAGCCUUGAAUCUGAAUUGAGCAGUGGUGGCCUUUCAUAUUUGAUGGAAGUGUUGUCUGCAAGUUACAACGAUUUACCUUACCAUCUCAAGUAUUGUUUCUUGUACAUGAGCAUCUUUCCUGAGAAUAGCCCAGUUAACCGAGGAAGACUAAUUCGGCUAUGGAUAGCUGAGGGGUUUGUAACAGAGAAAGCAAGCAAAACGGUUGAAGAGGUUGGGGAAGAGUAUCUGAAUGAGCUGAUUGACAGGAGUCUGAUAAAGGUCAAUGAAAUGGAUUUCGAUGGAAGGCCAAAAAAUGUAGGAGUUCAUAGUCUCAUGAUGAAGAUGAUUCUCUCAGUCUCACAUGAGGAGAACUUCUGUACUGUUUAUACAGGACCAGAAGGAAACUUUACUGCCAAAACCCGGCGAUUAUCCAUCCAGAAGAAAGACAUUGAUGCGCCUCAGGAUCUGCCCCAUCUUCGAACCUUCAUCAGUUCCAGUAGAGGCAGAGUGAAGAUUGGUUCCAAUUUAAAACUAUUGAAGGUUUUGGAUAUACAGGGUGCUUCUUUGGAGGAAUUUCCGAGUGUAAUUAAAGAUCUUCUGCUACUGAGGUACUUGAGUUUGAGGAAUACAAAUAUAAGGAGCAUCCCCAAUUCUCUGAGGAACCUACGGCACCUUGAGACCUUGGAUCUUAAGCAGACUCUGGUAACGAAGGGGUUCAAGGCACCAAAGAGGCUCAGCGCAUUGAAGAACCUACAAAAGCUAUCAUUUGUAAAGGCGAGCGGGCAGCACAGAAUGAGUCGGCAGCACAGAAUGAUACAAGGGCUCGAAAAUCUUACGCAGUUGAGGAAGCUGGGCAUUGUAGAGCUGGCAAAAGAAGAUGGGACGAGCUUGUGCCAUGCAAUUGGGAAGAUGGAAAAACUCCAUUCCUUGAAUGUGACAUCUCUUAAUAUGGAGGUGCCUCUAGAGCUUGAUGCAAUGACCAAUCCCCCGCCCCUUCUUCAACGCUUGUACCUCAAAGGGCCCUUGGAAAGGUUUCCACAGUGGGUAUCUUCUCUACAUGACCUGGUGAGAAUACGCCUAAAAUGGUCUUCACUCACACGAGAUAACCCGAUUGAAGCUCUUCAAGACCUCCAAAAUCUGGUGGAACUGCAGUUACUCGAUGCAUACACUGGAACCCAGUUGGUGUUCAAGUCGGAAAAUUUUCAGAAGCUUAAGAUAUUAGACCUUCAGAAAUUGGAACAGCUGACGUAUAUCAUAAUGCAAGAAGGCACAUUGCCUCACCUACAAAAGAUGAUCAUAGCGCUCUGCAGUAAGCUGGCGUGUGUCCCUAUAGGUAUCGAAAGGUGCAGGGACCUCCAAGAGCUGCACCUGUUCGAUAUGCCCCAAACAUUUGUGACCGCGCUGGAAAAAAACGGGGGUAAAUUUCGCCAUUUGGUCCGCCAUAUUCCGCAUAUUGGCUCAUAUAAGCAGGGCCAGUUGGUGGAAGAUCUUUCAUGA